AUCUUUUCUUCUUGAUCAUGUGUGUAAUUAUUUGCAUGCAGUACUGCUGUUGGCUGACGUGUUGGUUCGAUUCGCAUUCUUUGUGAUGCAAAAUUACUUAACCGAUGUUUGGGAACUGAGCUUUACUUACGCCGCUGGAAUGUUGAAUAUCUGGAACGGAAUUUCCAUGAUACUCCCAUUGUUCUUCCUCUUCCUCGUCGACGCCCUUAUCGGAAAUUUCACAAUGCUCGUCGUUUCUAGCAUAUCCUACACUCUGGGGAUUGGGUUGGUUGCCAUGUCAACACCGCCGGUGCUUGCCAACUGGACGGGCACAUGCAAACAAUACGAGCCACAGUGUAUCGGUCAUGCACAAAAAGUUCUCUUCUACACGGGCAUGUCAUUGCUAGCCGUCGGAAUAUCUGGUUACAAUGUCUCGUUGACUCCUUUCCUCAAGGAACAGGAUGAAAAUUAUAGUCCUGAUGCUGACGUGGAUGACAACAGAGACAGCGACAGCUACGACAGCGACGAAAAUGAAGACGAAGACCUAGACGAUGUCGAUUAUUUUCAAGUGGUCCUCAUACCUGUGAUUGCAGCCAUUGCACUUCCAUAUAUAAAAUCGUGGUCCCUCGCCUUUGGAAUCCCAGCCAUUUCCAGUGCCAUUGCCACCUCUGUUUUUUUAACCGGUUCGUUUAAAUACCGUAAGGCCGAGCGAAUAAGGAGAUGGGAACUCUUGUCGGGAACACAAAUCGGAACCACCGAAUUCGCCGUCCGAACAAUCCCUAUGUGGAUGACAUUCAUAGUGUGCGGGAUUGUAACCUCAACAGGAAACACGUACUUCAUAGAACAGGCGAACCGCAUGGACCGCAAACUAGGUUCGUGGAACCCCCCGAUCGAGUUAUUGCUACUCCUGAGCGGGUACAGCAGAGAAGGUGUCGCUUUCGUCGCUGAAAAGUAUCCGAAGAAGUUAGAAAGCUUUAUAUCCAUCCCCACAAUAAUAGCAGACGCAAUGAUUUUCUCCGUCCUAUGUUGCAUAACCGCUGCGAAAGUCGAGACACGGAGGAUUAAUGUCAUCACAAGGCAUGGUUUGCUGGACAAGCCGAAUGAGGAGAUCCCCAUGAAAGUGGGUUGGCUGUACCCGCAGUUUGCUCUACUGUCGAUCAUGGAUGUAGGCAUCGAAAUGGCCGUCGCCUCGUUAACGAAGAAGUUUGAGUGCCCUGGAUCUGUAAGAAAAUACAUAGUUUGUUUUGCUAAAGGGGUUUGUGGCGUGGGAUUCAUGUGCGGUGUGCUGUCAGUUUAUGCUGUUGGUGAAGUGAGUGAGAUUGGCGGCAAAACGAACUGGUUUCAGUUCACGUUGAAUAGGAGCCGUUUGGACAGGUAUUACUGGGUGCUCGCAGGUUUGACUAGUUUGACUUUGGUUUUGUUCGUACACGUGGCUUGGUGUUACAAAUGCAUCUACAGGCAGGGGAUGAUUGACCCAGCUUCCAAUGAUGAAUAAUAAACAGGAAAAAGUCGUCCCUCACGUUAGCAUCGAUUUUCCACAUUUGGUCACUUAUGUUAAAAAAUACAUUUGAUUCCUCAAGUUUCAAAAAUUCAACAUUUUUAGUUAUUUUUGUCAAUUUUAUGGAUGUUAAAUGAGCAUGUGAUGUUAUUGUGUUUGGAAUUGCCAAGUCAAUGCAUUUAUAUAU